AUGGCGAAAAAACAACUAGAUUUCAACGCUCCACUUUUAUCCGCAAGGAGAUUUUCCUCACCUACACGCUCUUCAGAGGUAGUAAACAAGAACUCAACAGGAAAGUCACUCCCUAAUCGACAAAAUUCUCUACCUGUGUGCGAAUCAGAUUGUGAAUAUGGGGAGGUGACAAAACCAGCUGCAGUUCCAUUUAACUGGGAAAAAAUCCCUGGAAGGCCUAAAGGAGAAGGGAAAGGUCCAAUUCACCCUCCAGAGGAACCUUCAAAUACACCAAGGCUUCCUCCAGGAAGGGUAUCAGGUGUCAUCAGAUACAAUUCAGGUGAAAGUCCAAAGCUCCUUUCUGGGAGAGUAUCUGGUUUUUCGAGAUACAAUUCAGGGGAAAGAUUGAAUGAUCCAAAUAUUAACAGGACGCAAAUUGAAGCAUUUCCAUUCAAUGAUCAUGCUAGUCUGAUUGAAAAAUUGCAUGAGAGUCUAAAUUCUAGAGAUGAUUCUGAUACAGAAAGUGGAGAAGAUGCAUAUUCUGAUGCACUUGAUAAGUUGUCACUAACAGAAUCUGGGUCCUUGAACUACAGUGUAAGUGGACUGAGUGGCUAUCAGGGUUCAGAAGUAAAACCAUCAGGAACGUUCUCUGUGGACGAGCAAACUAGAGAUUUUAUGAUGAGCAGAUUCUUACCGGCAGCCAAGGCUGUUGUGUUAGAAACACCUCAAUACGUUGUGAAGAAGCAACAGGCAGUCAUUGAACAACCAAAACCGGUUAAAAAGGUCGUCUCCAGGGAACCGAAGCCUUUACUUGAGCAAUAUGGUUCUAACAUCAUGUCACAUUACGUUCAGUAUUCUGAGAAUGUGGAAAGUGAAGAUGAUGAUCUGGAAUGUACUGUUCCUGUUAAAAAAUCAGGAAAAAUCUGGGGGAUUUUCCCUCGGUUUUGUGUGAAGAAUUCUUUGUGCCUUCUAAAUCCGUUGCCGGGGAUGAAAUCAAAAAACCAUGCUCCAACAUCUCCAGCAGCUAAUGUUAGGAGACUGACCAGAAAUGCUCAUAGUGGACCUAUCGACAAGAAUGUGUGUCAUGCAAAUUAUAAGAAAAAAUUUCAUUCUGGAGUAUUGUCUCGGGACCUGCUAGAAAUUGAAAACAAGCUAAGGAGUGAUUCCAAUCAGUUUUCUUACUCCAGUGACUCUUUCAAACCUGGGGUGUCUCCCUCAAGGCAGUGCAGAAGCCGUCCCAUAUCUCCCUACCGAAAUGAAGCACCAAAGUCUCCAUUUCAUGAAGGUGCAGGGUUUCUUGGUGUACCUAAAGAAAUUGAGAAUCCUAGCGUGAAUAAGGUUGCCUCAUCACGCAAAAUGUGUAAAGCCAAUCAAGAUGUAUUUAAGAAUCACAUACAUAAACAGGGAUCAGGUUCUCCUGGUGUUGCUGUUGAGAAGACAUUGUACGUGGAUGGUCCGAUUAAUACAAAUUGUUCAGAAGCUGAGAAAAUUGUUGAUUUCUCUUGUAAAAAUUUGAAGUCCAUGGAAGAAUGCAGAAAAACUGAAGAAACUGAAGCUAUUAAAUCUUCUGAUCAAGACAUAUCGUCCCUGAAUGUUUCUGAGGGAGGAAAAGGCCCGAUCCCUGAAUUGCGCAAAAGUCAUCCCAUUUCUCCCUUCCGAAAUGAAGCAUCCAAGUCUUACUUUCAUGGUCAUAAUGCUAACAAGAUUGCUUCAUCUCGCAAAUUGUGCAAGGCCUUGCAAGACGUUUCAAGGAAUCACGUGCACAGAAAAGUAUCGUGUUCUCCAGGUGAUGCUGUUGAAAAAACUUUGUAUAUAGAUGCAGUGACUAAAACAGAUAGUUCAAAAGCAGAUAAGAAUUUGAAGUCCUCGGAUGACAGUAGACCUACUGAAGAGAAGGGUCCCAUUAAAUCUUCCUAUAUAGACACAACUUCCUGGGAUAUUUUAGAGGAAGGGAAAAGCCGGAGUCCUAAAUUGUCUGGAUCAACUGAUAUGGUUCUAUCAAAUCAAAGUUUUGAUCAAGAAUCCGGGUCUGUUGAUUGUUCAAAAGUGCAUUCUGAUGCAAACUCUGAUGUGAAUAAUAAACGAGAUGAUCAGAGAGAUGCUGAUUCUGCGUCCCUGAGGUCACCUUUACCCCCACCUUUACCAAAGUCACCAUCUGAGUCUUGGCUUUGGCGAACUCUGCCUUCCAUUUCUUUGCCCAAUCCAUUUUCACAUUCCGGCCAAUAUCACCCCAAGAAACAGACUCAAACAGGUGUAGCUAAUGAUAACACGUGGGAGACUAUUGUGAAAACUUCAAAUUCACGGCAUGAUCAUGUCCGCUGUUCAGAGGAGCUUAUUCCCCAUGUUACUCAUCUGCACAACAAAGCAUAG